UGUUCAUCAAUUAGUUCAUCGCCUGCGGCCAACGCAGUCGCUUCGCUUCGUACCUUCUGAUCGUUCGGUGCCCCAUAGGAAUACGGAUCCCACUCACACUUUACUUCAUCAUGGAUAUAGGCACUAAGUCAAGCAAAUCUUCCUUCUCCAUUGACAACAUCUUGGAUCAUAAGACGCGUAGGGGUCACAGUCCCGCUGCGGAAAGUGCCAAAAAUCGCACGCAAUCGCGUCGCUCUUCGCCACACAGUCCUGUGGUGGCAACAGCUGUACCCAGCAUGGCCACUGCCUCGCCGCCAACCAGCGUUGCGGCAGCAGCAUCAAUCUACGAUCUAUCCCGCGAGGCUGUUGCCGCGCAAUAUGCACUCAAGAAUCUGGAGUCCAGUCAGGUGCUGUCGCCCACGACACUGCGUUUCAAUCCCAUCUAUCCAGAUCCCGCCUCGCUAUUCUACCAGCAAAUGCUGAAUCUACAGAAGAAUCCCUCGCUCUUUAUGCCUCACUUCCAGGCGGCAGCCGUGGCCGCAGCAGCCGCCGCCCAACCCACGGGCUAUUGUGAUCAAUAUAGUCCGUUUGCCAUGGAUUGUGAAGGCUUUCCCAAUCCGGCCUCCACUGCAGCCGCUCUCUACUGCAAUGCCUAUCCGGCGGCCAGCUUUUACAUGUCCAAUUUCGGCGUGAAGCGCAAGGGCGGCCAGAUCCGCUUCACGUCGCAACAAACGAAAAAUCUCGAGGGCCGCUUUGCCAGCUCCAAGUAUUUGUCGCCCGAGGAGCGCCGCCAUCUGGCGCUGCAGCUGAAGCUAACGGACCGCCAGGUGAAGACGUGGUUCCAGAAUCGUCGAGCCAAGUGGCGGCGUGCAAAUCUCACGAAGCGCAGUGGAUCGACGGUGGCUGGACCCAGCUCAACUGCGCCCAGUUCCAACAGCAGCAGUGGCUCCACCUACGGCACAGCACUGACUCUAAGCAGCCGUGGCAGCGGACAGCAGAGCGAUGAGGAGGAUCGCAUGUAUCUGUCGGAGGAUGAUGAGGACGACGAUGAGGAGGAGCCGGCGGAACCAUUAGCCGAGCCAGUGGGAAAGUAAAGCUAGUGGAUUGUCAAGGGGGGUACCUUACUCAUAAGAUAGUUUUUAGUCAUAGUUUAGAUUAAAUACAUUUAUUUCAAUUAUAAUAAUGGAAUUCCAAUCCUAGUGAAACUGAUAGCUGUCGAGGCAGGCGCAAUUUGGCAGUGUGCAGCGCGGUGCCAGAUUCGAGAGAUGGCCCAUGGUCACCGGAAAGGAGAGCGGCACAAACCACUUGGGGUAGGCACAAAUGGCAGCCGCAGCUGCUGCCGACGGGUUGCUCCCAAAAGCGGCACUGGGAGGCUUCAGUUCCA